AUGGACGCCGACGCCGUCAACUCAGCCCUCCUCGACUCCCUAACCUCAACAGCCACCCAAAUCGCAACAACUACCCUCCGCGACCGCCACACCAACGCCCUCUCCUCCGCCGUCGCCGCCGCCAGCGAUGUCGCCAACGCCCACGGCACCUGGUCCUGGCUGGGCCUCAUGGCCCGGCUCGCGCUCUGGACCCUCCAGCUCAUCUCGACCCUGGUCUACUGGGCGCUCAAGCUCGCGACCAUCUCGGUGCCGACGCUACUAUACACGCUUUUCUCGACGAGUCUGACGUUCACCAUGUCCAUGCCCACACUGUUGCUGAUCUUAGCGGGGAUCGUGGCCAUCGUGAGCUGGGUCGUGCGCUACCGCUAUCUAAACAUGUAUUCCCGCCUGCCCCCCGAACCGCAGCGCAAGACGCCCGACGUGGACUUGUUCCCCGAUACGCACGAGGAAGGCAGCGGAAAGCCCGGGCUGGCGAACUAUUUUGACGAGUUUUUGAGCGCCAUCAAGAUCUUUGGGUAUCUGGAGCGGCCGGUGUUUCAUGAGUUGACGAGGAGCAUGCAGACGCGCAAGCUGAUCGCGGGGGAGACGUUUAAUCUCGAGGAGGAAAAGGGGUUUUGUCUUGUGGUGGAUGGGUUGGUGGAGAUUUUUGUUAAAAGUUCGUCGGGGUAUAGGCAGAGCAGGGAUACGGUCAAGAGUCCGAGGGUUGGGCUGGCGGGGGAGGAGGUGCUGGUGGUCAGCAGUGAUGAGGAUGACGAGCCGGCGCAUGGGCAGCGGUAUCAGCUGUUGACGGAGGUCAGGAAUGGCGCGCCCAUGUCGUCGCUUUUUUCCAUCAUGUCCCUGUUCACGGAGGAUGUGUCGAUGAGGCUGCCGGAGGAUGAUGGCUCGGAGCCCGGGUCGGCUGUGCAGAGUGCGCUGUUGCCCAUCUGCCCGGCUAGUGACUAUCCGAAGUUGGAUGUCAUGCCUGGCUCGUUGCCGGGCACGCCGCAGUUUGAUGAUGACAACGACGAGGAUCCGGUCGAGAAUCUAUUCUUGUCUUCUUCUGCUAGCGCCAGGAUCCCACAUCUGUCUCUUGACGGCAAGUCGACUGCCAGCAUCGGGAAGCCCCAGCGCCCGGCGGCCCUCAAGAGAAAUAACACGAACUCAGCACACCCCGACAUCAUCGCCCGCGCGGUCGUCGACACAACCAUCGCCAUCAUUCCCGCAUCCGCCUUCCGCCGGCUCAUCCGCAUUUACCCCAAGGCGACAGCCCACAUCGUGCACGUCAUCCUCUCUCGCUUCCAGCGCGUGACACUGGCCACGGCAUUCAACUACCUGGGCCUGACCUGCGAAGUGCUUCAAAUCGAGCGCCAGAUGCUCAAGUACACCACGCGGCAGCUGCCCAACCAUUUGCGCGGCGACGCCCUCAACCGGCUGAAGGAAAAAUUCAAGCGCGAAAGGGGGAGGUUUGGGCCGGAAGAGGAUAUCUCCAAGGGGAUCGCCCUGCACAACGCGAAUAAUAGCCGGAGGAGGAGGUCGACGAAUUCGUUGAGGAAGGAUGCGGUGCUCUUGCAGGCGCUGUCGUCAAGACACGGGAGUGUGCACCAUGUGUCGUCGGCGUCGGCAGAUCUGAUCAGUAAUCUGCAGAAGUCAAGGGCUGGGGGGGGGAGGCCGCAGACUGCGACGAGGUCGGAGAGUCAUGCUCAUCUGGAUUUGUCGACCUCCGAGGUGGUUAUCCCGUCGAUAGGUCAAAGGAGUUCGACGGCCAUGGGCACGGCGGCGGCGUUUGAUCCGUUUGGUACGCAGAGGGCCAGUCACAUCUCGAUGAUCGAUCAGCGCGAUACCUUAGGGGAGGAUAACAUGUUCCGGGAGUCCAUUCUCCUCUGCGUCCUCAAAGCUCUCGGCCUAGGAGCCGGGUACGGCGGGCCCAGUCGCGACGGGGCCAAAGACACCGACUCCGUCCACACCUCCUCUCCCCGCCUCGUCCCCCUCGACCAGCGUCGCCAGCGCGCCGUCCUCACCAACCACGCCUUCGGCUUCAUGGACGGUUUGGAAGCCUCCUUCGACGGCGAAACAGAGUCCAUCACCUCCGCCGGCCUGCCCACUUCCUCCUCGUCGCCCGACCCGCGUGUGUUGGCGCACGAUAUGCGGGAUGAGAUGGAGAUCGUGUUUUUCCCCAAGGGGGCGGUGCUCGUGGAGCAGGGGGAGCGGAAUCCCGGGCUGUAUUAUGUGAUCGAUGGGUUUUUGGACAUUUGUAUUGCCGAAGAGGAGGCUGCGAGCAGCACGGAUGUGUGGAGGGCGACUGGGAGUCGGACGUCGUUACGGGAGGUGGGGAGGGGAAGCAGCAGCACCAACGCCAGCACCAGCACCAGCACCAGCACCAGCACCAGCAGAGGGGGCAGUUUGUGUACGCCUAGGAUGGGGGCUGCGAGGAUGAGGAGAACGGGGGGUAGCGUGAAUGAGGGUGGGAUGAAGGAGAAGGGCAGGCAGCCGGCGAGGAGGAGUGUUGCCCUCGUCAAGCCGGGCGGGUUGGCGGGGUAUAUUGGGACGAUUUCGUCGUACCGGUCGUUUAUCGACGUUGUGGCGAAGACGGAUGUUUACGUGGGGUUCUUGCCGCUUGCGUCAGUCGAGAAGAUUGUCGAUCGGUAUCCGAUUGUGUUGUUGACCAUGGCAAAGCGGUUGACGAACCUGCUGCCGAGAUUGAUUCUGCACAUCGAUUUUGCGCUGGAAUGGCUGCAGGUUAAUGCCGGGCAGGUGCUGUUCCAUGAGAGGGAUGAGAGUGAGGCGAUUUAUAUUGUUCUCAACGGUCGGCUGAGGUUGGUGGAGGAUAGGAAGGAUGGAGGCAUGAAUGUGCGUGCCGAGUUUGGCCAGGGUGAGAGUAUCGGCGAGCUGGAAGUGCUUACGGAGUCGUCGCGGUCGGGCACGCUGCAUGCUAUCCGCGAUACGGAGGUUGUUAAGUUCCCGAGGACGUUGUUCAACUCCCUCGCUCAGGAGCAUCCCAACAUCACGAUUAAGAUCUCGAAGAUCAUUGCCUCGCGCAUGCGUGCUUUGAUCGACGAUCCGUCGGGUGCUCAGGGCCUGAAGGAUGCUGCCGGGAGAAGCUCGGUCAAUAAGGGGGCGACGACGCUCAAUCUGAGGACGGUUGCCGUGCUGCCUGUGUCGACCGGCGUGCCGGUGGUUGAGUUUGGAAAUCGGUUGUUGAAUGCGCUGAAUGAAGUUGGUGCUCCCAACGGGGCUGUUGCGCUUAACAGCGAUGCGGUGUUGAAUCACUUAGGCAAGCAUGCCUUCAACAAAAUGGGAAAGUUGAAGCUUUCGCAGUAUCUCGCGGAUUUGGAGGAGAAGUAUGGGUUGGUUAUUUACGUGGCGGACACAACCGUCAACGCCCCCUGGACGCAAACCUGCAUCACCCAAGCCGACUGCAUCCUCCUCGUCGGGCUGGCCGACGGUUCCCCCGAGAUCGGCGAGUAUGAGCGCUUCAUGCUCGGCAUGAAAUCGACCGCCCGCAAGAUCCUCGUGCUCCUUCACCAAGAACGAUACUCCGCCCCCGGCCUCACCCGCAAAUGGCUCAAGAAUCGCGUCUGGAUCAACGGUGGCCAUUUUCAUGUGCAAAUGACGUAUAGUCCCAAGGGUGUGCCCAUCCAUCCUCAGGCGAAGCCAUCUGGGCCGACCCUCAGGGAGAGGGUGCAGAUCCUGCAAGCCGAGAUUCAGAAGUUUACGGGACGCAAGGAUAAUCGGCAUGGGCGGAGCCCGUUCUACUCGCCGGACGCGCCGUUCAAGGGUGAUUUUCAUCGUCUCGCGAGGAGGCUUUGCGGGAAGUCGGUGGGGUUGGUGCUGGGGGGCGGCGGCGCGAGGGGCAUUGCGCAUAUUGGGAUUAUUAGGGCAAUGCAGGAGGCGGGGAUUCCGAUUGAUUUGGUCGGGGGCACGUCGAUUGGCGCGUUUAUCGGGGCGUUGUACGCGCGCCAUGCCGACUUUGUGCCGAUUGUUAACGCGGCGAAGAAGUUUGCUGGUCGGAUGGCGUCUGUGUGGAGGUUCGCGCUGGACUUGACUUACCCUUCGGCGUCGUACACCACGGGGCAUGAAUUCAACAGGGGAAUUUUCAAGGCGUUUGGAAAUACCCAGAUCGAAGACUUUUGGCUGGAAUACUACUGCAACACGACGAAUAUUUCUAAGUCGCGGGCCGAGUUCCAUACCUCGGGUUACGCGUGGCGCUAUGUCAGGGCGUCGAUGAGUCUGGCGGGCUUGUUGCCGCCGCUGUGUGAUGAGGGCCAUAUGUUGUUGGAUGGGGGGUAUAUUGAUAACUUGACGGUGUCGCAUAUGAAGUCGUUGGGGUGUGAUGUGAUCUUUGCGGUUGAUGUCGGCGCGCUGGAUGACGACACGCCGCAAGCCUUUGGGGAUUCGUUGUCCGGGUUUUGGGCGUUUUUCAACAGGUGGAAUCCCUUCUCUACCACGCCGAAUCCGCCGACGCUGGCGGAAAUUCAGGCGCGGUUGGCGUAUGUUUCGAGUGUAGAUGCGCUGGAGAGGGCGAAGACCAUGCCCGGGUGUAUUUACAUGCGCCCGCCGAUCGAUGAGUAUGGGACGCUGGAGUUUGGUAAGUUUCAUGAGAUUUAUGCGGUCGGGUAUAAGUAUGGGCAGGAUUUUAUCGGGAAGCUGAAGGAGAGGGGUGUGUUGCCGUUGGCGGACCAGAGUAAUGGGAAAAAGGGGCUCAGGAGGACCAUGGCGCCUAGGAGGGCGAGCAUUUAA